CUUAAAAUAAUGCCGAGAAGGAAGCGCUUAUCUGCAGGCAGAGUGCCCCUGAUUCUCUUCCUGUGCCAGAUGAUUAGCGCACUGGACGUACCUCUUGAUCUGGUACAGCCUCCAACCAUUACUCAACAGUCUCCAAAAGAUUACAUUAUUGACCCUCGAGAGAAUAUCGUAAUCCAGUGUGAGGCCAAAGGGAAACCUCCUCCAAGCUUCUCCUGGACCCGCAAUGGGACGCAUUUUGACAUAGAUAAGGACCCUCUCGUCACCAUGAAGCCCGGCUCAGGAACCCUCACGAUCAACAUCAUGAGCGAAGGGAAAGCAGAGACCUAUGAAGGGGUCUAUCAGUGCACAGCCAGGAACGAGCGCGGAGCGGCAAUUUCUAAUAAUAUUGUUGUCCGUCCUUCCAGAUCACCGCUGUGGACCAAAGAAAAACUUGAACCAAUAACACUUCGAAAUGGCCAGUCUCUGAUCCUUCCCUGCAGACCCCCUCUUGGAUUACCACCACCUAUAAUAUUCUGGAUGGAUAAUUCCUUUCAGAGACUUCCACAAAGUGAGAGGGUUUCUCAAGGUCUGAACGGAGACCUUUACUUCUCCAAUGUUCUCCCAGAGGAUACCCGUGAGGACUAUAUCUGUUAUGCCAGAUUUAAUCACACUCAAACCAUACAGCAGAAGCAACCUAUUUCCGUGAAGGUGAUUUCAGUGGAUGAAUUGAAUGACACCAUAGCUGCUAAUUUGAAUGACACUGAGUUUUAUAGUGCAAAAUCAAAUAGAGAGAGGCCACCAACCUUUUUAACUCCAGAAGGCAAUGCCAGUCAUAAGGAGGAAUUAAGAGGGAAUGUCCUUUCACUGGAAUGCAUUGCAGAGGGACUGCCUACCCCAAUUAUUUACUGGAUAAAAGAAGAUGGAACACUGCCCAUCAACCGGACAUUUUAUAGGAACUUCAAGAAAACUCUACAGAUCAUUCAGGUUUCAGAAGCAGACUCUGGAAAUUACCAGUGUAUAGCCAAAAACCCACUGGGAGCUAUCCAUCAUACCAUUUCUGUCACAGUUAAAGCGGCUCCAUACUGGAUCAUGGCACCUCAAAACCUCGUGCUGUCCCCAGGAGAGGACGGGAGGCUGAUGUGCGGAGCUAAUGGCAACCCCAAGCCCAAAAUUAGCUGGUUAUCGAAUGGAGUCCCAGUAGAAAUUGCUCCGGAUGACCCCAGCAGAAAAAUAGAUGGCGAUACCAUUAUUUUUUCAAAUGUUCAAGAAAGAUCAAGUGCAGUGUAUCAGUGCAAUGCCUCUAACGAAUAUGGAUAUUUACUGGCAAACGCAUUUGUAAAUGUGCUGGCUGAGCCACCACGAAUCCUUACAUCUGCAAAUACACUCUAUCAGGUCAUUGCAGACAGGCCUGCUCUACUGGAUUGUGCCUUCUUUGGCUCUCCCCUGCCGACCAUUGAGUGGUUCAAGGGAGCUAAAGGUAGUGCCCUUCGUGAAGAUAUUUAUGUUUUGCAUGAAAAUGGCACUUUGGAAAUUCCUGUGGCCCAAAAGGACAGUACGGGAACUUAUACAUGUGUUGCAAGGAAUAAAUUAGGAAUGGCAAAGAAUGAAGUUCACUUAGAAAUCAAAGAUGCAACGAGGAUCAUUAAACAGCCCGAAUAUGCAGUCAUGCAAAGAGGGGGCACGGUGUCCUUCGAAUGCAAAGUGAAACAUGAUCACACCUUAAUCCCCACCAUCACAUGGCUGAAGGACAACGGUGAGCUGCCCAAUGAUGGAAGGUUCACUGUGGACAAGGACCAUUUGGUGGUGGCUGAUGUAAGGGAUGACGAUGGUGGGACCUACACGUGUGUGGCCAACACAACUCUGGACAACGUUUCUGCCAGUGCUGUGCUGAGCGUUGUUGCUCCUACUCCAACUCCAGCUCCUAUUUACGAUGUCCCAAAUCCUCCCUUUGAUUUAGAAUUGACGGAUCAACUCGACAAAAGUGUUCAGCUGUCAUGGACGCCAGGCAAUGACAACAACAGCCCUAUUACAAAAUUCAUCAUUGAAUAUGAAGAUGCAAUGCACGAGGCAGGGCUGUGGCACCACCAAACCGAGGUUUCUGGAAUGCAGACCACAGCCCAGCUGAAGCUGUCGCCUUACGUGAACUACUCCUUCAGAGUGAUGGCUGUGAACAGCCUCGGGAGGAGCUUGCCCAGUGAGGCAUCUGAACAGUAUUUGACUAAAGCCGCAGAACCUGAUACAAAUCCCACAGCUGUGGAAGGACUGGGAUCAGAGCCUGAUAAUUUGGUGAUUACCUGGAAGCCCUUGAAUGGUUUCGAAUCUAACGGGCCAGGACUUCAGUACAAAGUGAGCUGGCGCCAGAAAGAUGGUGACGAUGAAUGGACAUCUGUGGUGGUGGCAAAUGUAUCCAAAUAUAUUGUCUCAGGCACACCAACCUUCGUUCCAUACCUGAUAAAAGUGCAGGCCCUGAAUGACGUGGGGUUUGCUCCAGAGCCAGCCGUGGUCAUGGGGCAUUCUGGAGAAGACCUCCCAAUGGUGGCUCCUGGAAAUGUGCAUGUGAACGUGGUGAACAGUACCUUAGCUGAGGUGCACUGGGACCCCGUACCUCUGAAAAGUAUCCGAGGACACCUGCAAGGCUAUCGGAUUUACUACUGGAAGGCACAGAGUUCGUCUAAGAGAAACAGACGUCACCUUGAGAAGAAGAUCCUCACUUUCCAGGGCAGCAAGACUCACGGCAUGCUGCCUGGGCUGGAGCCCUUCAGCCACUACACACUGAACGUCCGCGUGGUCAACGGGAAAGGGGAGGGCCCGGCCAGCCCCGACAGAGUCUUUAAUACUCCAGAGGGAGUCCCCAGCGCUCCAUCCUCUUUGAAGAUUGUUAACCCAACACUAGACUCCCUCACUCUGGAAUGGGACCCACCGAGCCGCCCAAAUGGCAUUUUGACUGAAUACACCUUGAAAUAUCAGCCAAUUAACAGCACCCACGAAUUAGGCCCCCUGGUGGAUCUGAAAAUUCCUGCCAACAAGACACGCUGGACUUUAAAAAAUUUAAAUUUCAGCACUCGGUACAAGUUUUAUUUCUAUGCACAAACAGCAGCAGGAUCCGGAAGUCAAAUAACAGAGGAGGCGGUGACAACUGUGGAUGAAGCUGGUAUUCCUCCACCUGAUGUAGGUGCAGGCAAAGACAAAGAAGAAUGGAGGAAAGAAAUUGUAAAUGGUUCUCGGAGCUUCUUUGAGUGAAGGUGCCUAAUGCCAGGAACAUAGCAAGUUUGAAUUGGUGCUGAGGGCGACUCUGGUUUUGUGAGUUCAGAGGAUGUGUUUGAGAUAGGCCCAGCAAUGGCAAGCCGGCAGGUGGAUAUUGCGACUCAGGGCUGGUUCAUUGGUCUAAUGUGUGCUGUCGCUCUCCUUAUCUUAAUUUUGCUGAUUGUUUGCUUCAUCAGAAGAAACAAGGGUGGUAAAUAUCCAGUCAAAGAGAAGGAAGAUGCUCAUGCUGAUCCUGAAAUCCAGCCUAUGAAGGAAGACGAUGGCACUUUUGGAGAAUACAGUGAUGCCGAAGACCACAAGCCUUUGAAAAAAGGCAGUCGGACACCUUCAGACAGGACAGUGAAGAAGGAAGAUAGCGAUGACAGCCUAGUUGACUAUGGAGAGGGGGUGAACGGCCAGUUCAAUGAGGACGGCUCCUUUAUUGGACAAUACAGUGGUAAGAAAGAGAAAGAACCGGCGGAAGGAAACGAAAGCUCAGAGGCACCUUCUCCUGUCAAUGCCAUGAAUUCCUUUGUUUAAUCUGUAAACUCUCUGCCAAUAUCCUAUUUCUCUAGAAUGUUUCUCUUAAGCACUUGUUUGUCUGCCUUCUCGUACUAGGAACACAGAGGCAGAAAGUACGUGUUCUGCUGUGCGUUAAUAUUAUGAGAGCGGUGCAAACAAGAACAUAACUCAGAUGAUUUGUUAAUGUGAACUGCAGUGCAAAGUACAUCCUUUUUCAUUCAAAAUAGGUAUUCUUGUUCAGAACUGAUAAAAAUAAUACAACAUCAUCAACCGAUCACAUUAUUUGCUCUUCGGGACACAGUUCAAUAUGAUGCAUGAAAAAUGCUACACGUAAAGGAAUACCUGUGUACCUUAUUAAAACAUGGUUUGAUACUUUGUUUAUAUUCUCCUCAGCUGAACCCCCGAAAUACGAAUUCCGUUUUCAUUGUCAGGAGUGUUGCUGUAGAAUUCUCUAGAACUCCAAUGUCUUUGUGGACAUUGUGGUGAAAUUGGUGACUCUAUGUCUAGCUGUCAUUAGUCUUUUUGGGAGACUGUUAGCAACAGUAUGUACAGGAUAUCCUUGCUGUAUGAGUUCAUGACGACCGUCGCAUUUGCUGAUGCUUUGCCGAGACUCUGUGACCGGCCUCUGCCCCUUAUUCCUCCGGGUAUUACCGCAGCACAGUGUUCAACUUCUCACAUCUUCUCUACAGUCAGUUGUUUUUAGGCAUAAUGUGUAUUGCAGUGCAUUGUGGCACAAACACCAGACCAAAAGAAUCGAAACGAGUCACUCCACUUCAGUUUCAAAAAUGAUUCCAGAAAGCACAGGGCAAGACACAUGCAGUGCCUUGAGAUGGGAAGCAUUCCAUAACACGCUGCCUUCGGUAGCAGUCGGCACAGCCGAUGCAGAGCCCUAGCUUCCUGGUGUGCUCCAGAAGUAACUUCUAGAAAGCACAGGUCCUGGAAACGGCCAAUUCUGAAAG